AUGGCUGUGGCUCCCAGCUUCUCUUCUGUCAUUCAGGAUGUAGAAGUGGUUGAAGGCAGUGCUGCCCGCUUUGACUGCAAGAUCGAGGGCUACCCAGACCCUGAGAUUGUAUGGUACAAGGAUGACCAGCCUAUUAAGGAGACACGUCACUUCCAGAUUGAUUAUGAAGAGGAUGGCCACUGUAGCCUGGUGAUCUCAGAGGUUUGUCCCGAUGAUGAUGCCAAGUACACCUGCAAAGCCGUCAACAGUCUGGGAGAGGCCACCUGUACUGCUGAACUGAUGGUGGAGUUUAUGCAGGAGGAGGAAGGAGAGGGGGGCAGUGAAGUAGAGGAAGAGGAUUGAAUAAUGAUGGAAACGGGUGUGGAUAAGGAUGGAGAAGUGUAGGACGGUGUGAGAUGAAUGAGGAGAAUGACUGCAUACCACAGGAACUAUGAAUAUCUUAAACAUUUGACACCAUUUCGAUUCUUCUCUAUACACCAUCUUCAUAUUUCUUCUUACUGCCUAGAAUGGUUUGGAAAGAGCAACUGUUUUGGGGUAAAACUGUUUGCCAUGAUCAAAGACAUUCCAGCUUGUGCCAUUCUGUCCAGACAAUUGUCCCAACUGAUUUACCAAAAGAGACUACAAAACUAAAUGUGACAAGCAUAUGCCUGUAUAGCAACCAUUUGAUGCACUGGAAAAGAUCCACCACUUGUUUCAUCAUUUCAUUGAAAUCAUCCAUGUCAGUAAUUUUGAGAGACAAUAUACUUUUGUGCACACAUUUGACAUUUUAGGUCUGCACUGCAGUGCAAUCUAGUGGUAUAAACACGACAGUGCUUCCUCUAAUAGCAAUAGUCUAGUCUAUAUGGUGAUGGAAUCAAGAUGAAGACCAUUGUUGGAGACCUUACUGUAUGAAGAUAGGCUAUUAAAUAAUGAUUACAUUAUUAUUUUAUUUAAAAGUUAUAAGAAUUAUUUGUUGCUGAUUUGAAAGUGACCAUCAUUCGACUCCUGAAAUACAAAGAACUGUCUGUGCUGUUUGAACUUUGAAUUCAUUUUGCCCUAUUUAAGUAAAUUCACUUGCAUGACAGAGUAAUGAGCUGAAUUUUGUGCAGGAACCUGCAAUACAACCCCUCAUAUGAUAUUUAUAAACUCUGUAUAGGCUUCUGCUGCCUUUGAGUGUCUGCACUAUUCUCUGAGAAUGAAUUAUUUAUAGAAUUAAAGCUGUUUUGUCUUUUCUUUUGAUUUUUACUUAACAUAUAAUGCUUUACAUUUCCCAUCACAUCAGAAGAUAUUAAAACUUAUAACAGAAACAAAUCUAAGUGGUCCUGUAUGAUAGUUUUUGGUUUAUUCAGCAUAACUGGCAGCAAUUUUCUGAACUGUGGUUCUAUAAAUAAAGUGUUUCC